AGGAGUUCCUGGCGGCCAUCUUGGAUGUGCGGACUGAUUGUUUAGCGAGAAGAAUUGUGAACAUUUUAGAAAAUAAGCCAUUUUACUGAAUCCCUGAAGGUUUGAGGAAGUGGAGGCGACCGAGGACCGAGACCGUCACUCGGAACAGUCCGGUGAAAGAAGGCAUGAAGACAUCAUCCUAGUUAUCAGUCAUGGCCGAUAAAAGGAAACUUCAAGGUGAAAUAGAUCGAUGUCUGAAAAAAGUAGCGGAAGGUGUAGAACAGUUCGAAGACAUCUGGCAAAAGGUGAGGAGGGACUGUGACAAGCUUCACAAUGCAGCCAACGCCAACCAAAAGGAGAAAUAUGAAGCAGACCUCAAGAAAGAGAUUAAAAAGCUACAGCGUCUUCGAGACCAGAUCAAGACGUGGGUGGCAUCCAACGAGAUCAAAGAUAAACGGCAGCUAGUCGAGAAUCGCAAACUCAUAGAAACGCAAAUGGAGCGGUUCAAGAUAGUUGAAAGAGAGACCAAGACGAAAGCCUACUCAAAAGAAGGACUGGGUCUGGCACAGAAGGUCGAUCCGGCCCAGAGGGAGAAGGAGGAGGUCGGGAUGUGGCUAACGAAUAUGAUCGACACACUGAACAUGCAGGUGGACCAGUUUGAGAGUGAAGUGGAGUCUCUGUCGGUCCAGACCAAAAAAAAGAAAGGAGACAAGGAGAAGCAGGACCGGAUCGAGGAGCUGAAGAAGUUCAUCGAGAAGCAUCGAUACCACAUCCGGAUGCUGGAAACAAUACUGAGGAUGCUGGACAACGACUCAUUGCAGGUGGACUCCAUCAAGAAGAUCAAGGACGAUGUGGAGUACUACAUUGACUCGUCGCAGGAUCCAGAUUUUGAGGAGAACGAGUUUCUGUACGACGACCUGGAUCUGGAAGACAUUCCUCAGACGCUGCUCGCCACCUCCCCGCCGGGACAGUCCACCUUGGAGGACGAGAUCUUCCAGCACUCCAGCAGCACACCCACCUCCACCACCUCAUCUUCACCCAUCCCCCCCUCGCCUGCCACUUGCACUACGGAGAACUCAGAGGAUGACAAGAAGAGAGGGCGUUCAACAGACAGUGAAGUUAGUCAGUCACCUGUGAAGAACGGAAACCCCUCCUCCUCGUUAUCCUCUUCCUCCUCCUCCUCCUCCUCUUCCUCCUCCUCUUCCUCCUGCUCUUCUUCCUCCGUCUCAGGACUGAACCCCUCCUCGCUGGUCUCUAUGGCGACCAUGGCUGGGGGUGGAAGCAGCGGCUCAGGGGGCAACAGUCAUUUCACCAGCUCGGGGGGGCUGCUCUCCAACACCUCCGCUGGCAGCUACAGCAACGCCACCCAGCAGCCGCCGCACCCAUCGGCACAGCAGCAGCCGGCCAAGAACUCAGUGAGCUCCUCCUCCUCUGCACCUAUAGCCUGCCCCAGCAUCAACAGCCACCCCGCCUCCUCCAGCUCCUCUCCCCCCAAUGCCAGCAUGCAGGGGCUCCUGAGUUCAAACUCCCUGCCUCCGUCAGGGCCCUCGCAGACCUCCAACAGCUUCGGCCUCGGCCUGGGACUCUCUCUGGGGAAAGGCGGCAUGUCCAGUUCCCUCACCACCAGUCCGAUGUCCGGGGGCCUCGGCUUGUCAGGGAUGCCGGCAUCCCUGAGCACCAUGGCGAGCCUUCUAUCCAGCUCCACCCCAGCACCGUACGCUCAGGCAGCCGCCUCAGGCGCUGUUGGCUCCGGCUUACCAGGUUUACCGGGCUCCCUGGGAGGCGUCAGCACCACAACCUCCAACAGCGUGUUGGGAUCCAUCGGCAGUGGGAACAUCACAGUCGGCGGGCCGACAUCUUCAUCAGGAGGUCUACUGGGCGCAUCGACAUCGAUGGGCAGCAUCGGCUCUGGGAUUCUGGGUUUGAGCUCCAGCCAGUCGGGGAUGCAGGGGAUGUCUCUGAUGUCCCCGAGCCCGGUGGGAGGCCUGGCUCCAGGAAGUGGAGUCGGCAUCAUCGGGAGCAACGGAGGGAGCUCUGGAUCAGUGGGGAGCGGAGUGGUGGGAGGAAACUCGUCGCUGUCCGUCAGACCGCCGAGCCGACAGAAGCAGAACGGAAGCACUAGUUACAGUGCUGUGGUAGGCGACAGCACAACAGACUCCGCCCUCAACAUGGUCAGCCAAUCACAAAACAGCCAACCCUCAUCUUUGACCUCCUCAGCCAAUCAGCCUAAGGACACUGGUCCCAGUCUACUGGGCUCUAUCACUCUGUCGUCCAGCUCUCCAUCGCCGGGUUCCUACAGUGAUGCCAAAAUGGUGAGCGGCAGCAGCCUGCUGAACGGACCGCUGUCCUUCUCACAGUCCUCCGAUGGCAUGAAGUGUCACAGCUCGGGAGCUCUGAGCUUUCUGAAACUACCAAGGUCCGAUUUUUCAUGUCUACCACAAAAGGAAAGCAUUCUAAUGGAUUCGGAGAACUCGACCCUGUUUGAAGACAACAUGACCAUGAAAGACGAGCCCCAGGAGCCUCUGAGCAGCCUGAAGUCCAUGGCCGAGCGAGCAGCACUCAGCUCAGGGAUGGAGGGAGACGUGACUUCCCUGCACCUCACCCCAGACAUCUUCCCGAGCAGCACUACAGCCUCCUCCGGACCCCCCUCUGCGCCUCAGACCUCGCUGUCAGAGGUCAGCAUCCCCCCCUCACUGGGGGUCUGUCCACUGGGGCCGGUGCCCGUGUCCAAAGACCAGCUCUACCAACAGGCCAUGGAGGAGGCGGCGUGGACGCACAUGCCCCACCCAUCCGACUCCGAGAGGAUCAGGCAGUACCUGAUGAGGAACCCCUGCCCCACCCUGCCUUUCCACCACCAGGUGCCACCCCCCCACUCUGACACUGUAGAGUUCUACCAGAGGCUUUCCACCGAGACCCUCUUCUUCAUCUUUUACUACCUGGAGGGCACUAAGGCCCAGUAUCUGGCAGCCAAAGCCCUGAAGAAGCAGUCGUGGAGGUUCCACACAAAGUACAUGAUGUGGUUUCAGAGGCACGAAGAACCCAAGACCAUCACUGAUGAGUUUGAGCAGGGAACGUACAUCUACUUUGACUAUGAGAAAUGGGGCCAGCGGAAGAAGGAGGGAUUCACUUUCGAGUACCGGUACCUAGAAGACCGUGACCUCCAGUGACCUGCGGAGAGACAUGUGGAAGGACAGACGGGCGAACAACUGAGAAAGAGAGAGAGGGACGUGGACGCAGGAAAGAAUUAGCGAAUGAACAAAUACGGGCGGUCCGGCUGACAUUCCUGGUUUUGACCUCAGCUCGCUGCUGGAGAGGAGACGUUCAGGGUCGGAGGGCGACACCAGUCCCUCCCACUGACCCUCCAGCCCCGCCCCUCCUCCUCCACCCCCUCCUCCUCCACCAGGUCUUUUAUUUCCAUCUUUUUCCUGAACUGGAACUUUCUUUAAAUCAACGAGAAGACUUUGUUUUGUUUUGGCAGAUAAAAAACUCAAAUCACAGCGACAUCCUGACGACCCGAGCUUUCCCCUUCUCCUUGUUAUUCUGUUGCUUUGGCUUUAGAAGCUGUUUCUUACAUUUGCCCCUGAAGAACCAAAGAUGACGAUUCGUACAGUUCAGGCUCCGUCCUGUUUCCAACCCGACCACAGAGGCUCCAGAUCUCAGACUUUGGCCUGACGCAGGGGACAAAUGUGACUUAGUUUUUUUUAAAGUGAGGACGGAGGAGGAGAGAGAACGGCGUCUUUUAAUAAUCACCGAUCUGAACCUGUAGGAACCGUGUAGACCAACAAUUAGAACCAACGACCCCCUCGUCUGACGCAGCAGGGAAAAGUUGAACCUUCACCAAACAGCGUUCUCCUCCAGCUGCUCCAACGAGAGCGUCUUCGGCUUCAUCGCUCCAGCACUCAUGAAAAACUGUUUCAGACAUGAACUCCAGAUCGUGCGUCUGGAGUUCAUGUCUGUAACAUGUGAGGAAGCAGCAGGACCCGGUCAGACGUGUUAGAGCGUCAUCACCACGUCCACUCGCUCGCUAUCAAUGUUCCAGACAUUUCUCCUGGGGGGGGGGGAAGAGUCAAGCAACUGACUCUGACGUUUGUCAUCCAGCCCCUCAGGGAAACUCUGGGUUCAUGUCUGAAAGCAGCUUCAGAAGCAGAUCCACCGGUGAAGCUCCUCCGGUGGAUCUCUGACUCCGGCUGCUGCUCGCUCGACGGCGGCCGGAGUCAGAAACAAUCAACACGACGUGGGUGAAGGUCGGUCGUGGGCGGCUCACGGGCCUCUCUCUCUCUCUCUCUCUCUCUCUCUCUCUCUCUCGCACUCUAAAGUAUCUCCGAGGCUCUGUUGUUGUGUUCGUGUGAAGUGGUGAAAGUGGCCGCUUCGUUUUGUGAAUCCGUGGCGUCUAAAAAUAUCUGGGCCCGCCUCCUCCCGUCCCGUUCCAGUGGAGUGUGACUGCAGAGCCGGCGAGGUGUCGGCAGCACCGGGCUCCUACCGGGGGGGCAGCGUUACGUCACCGCCACAGGAGAGCGAGCAGAAGAACUAGCUUCACCAAGUUCAACCUCACGUUGUUAAGUUAAAGGGUCAGUUCACUCAAAUCGUACAACACACACGUUCUCCUCCUCUUUCAGUUUCCUGAGAAGUGAAGAAGUAUUUAACUGAUUCUUCUAAGGAGCACAAACAGUUUUUUGUUAUUCGCCUUCGUUGGAUUCAGCUGCUGAAUAACCGAUCAAACCAAACCUGUACCGACGGUUUAAAAAGGUCUGAGUGUCAAGCAGCCGCCAUGACGUCACCUGAUCUCAGACCUGUGCUUCAAUCUCAACUUCUAAAAUUAGUCAUCGCAGCAAAUCUGAGAUUAAAAACAGGAUUAAUCUGCAGAGAGUCGCUCGAGCUUUUUUUUAACUCGACACUUCUUCAUCGACGGAGGAAGGUCAGCUUCUCGUUUGACCUCGAUUCCUCAGACACGUAUUUAAAACAGACGUUUCUGGGAAAUAAGCUCAAACUCUUUUGGUUUGUCGGUUCCAGUGUCGGCCGAACGAUUUGCAGGUGGAAACUUUUCUACUCUCUCCUGCGUCACUUUCCUUUUUCACAUCCACAAACUAAACGAGGUAAGAAACAUAAUUUGGUCUUAGUUCAAACAAAUAACAGACGUGAAGGUUUUCAUUUUUUGUAAUUUGAAUGAACUGAUCCUUUAACGACUGAAGCUCCAGCGGUGAUCCACAUGAGCGUCGUGCGUUUGAUUCCACCAGCAGCUGGACGUCCGUGUCCCCCCCCCCCCUCCUCCUCCUCCUCGCUCUCUCCGUGCUGAAGAGCACAAACACCAGCAACGAUGCCCAGACCUCAUCCUGCGUCCUCUACUGACACACACAGACACACACUCUGCCCAGUUCUCACCUCCUUCAGGCGGUUUCCCAGCUGCAGCUUGUUUUCUUUUUUUGUUUAGUUUUCUCCUCCUCUUCCUCUCAGCUCCUCCUCCUCCUCCUCUCUCAACGCCAGGUAGAUAUUUCCUUUGUUUCUCAGGAAGUAUGUCAUCGAUCAUUUUGAGGAAAUGAAUCCGCCAGCAGCUCCGUUGCUACAGCACAACAACAACAACAACAACUACAAGAUAAACAGACCAGCACCAACAGCGUUUCUCUGCUUCACUUCACUUUCUCUCUUUCGUUCACCAAAAGCUUUUGAAAAAAAAAGAAAAAAGAAAUUGAAUAAAAAAAACUCCAACCUGUUCCUCCGUUGGUCGGAGCGGCACCUGGACGAGAGGCCAUCUUCAUAUUUUGUAUUUUUUGGAUUAUCUGUGGUAGUUUGUAUAUUUUUUUUCUUUUUUUCAGACACGGGGGGGGGGAAACUACGUUUGACCCCCCCGGAGGAGAACGAGGACCCUGUUGUUUUUAACGAUCGUCUCAACAGGAGCGUGGUUUGUUUUUAGAGCCGAACAGACGCCGACGACUCGACACCCGAACCCACAGUCCCGCUUUUAACCUUUUGUUGACCUUUGACAAGCGUAAGGGACGAGAGGGCGAUCGAGAGCCCGAAUGUGAAUCUCUCUCUCUGCCCCUUUGACAAAAGUGUUGUAUAGACUCCUUCUUCAAACCUCUCCGUUGGGUUUUUUCUCUUUUUGUUUGUUGUUGUCGUAAGACAGCUUGAAAUAAUGACACUUACAAAGUGGCGCUGAAAAAGUAAAUAAUGAAAUAACCAUGAAUAAAGGAUUGUAAAAUAUUAAAAUAAUUACUUUUCAGAAAA